AUGUCAUUGAAAUUACCUCAGAAUCCCAACAGUGGUUUGUUUAAACAAGGUUACAAGAGUUACUCGAAUGCCGAUGGUCAGAUCAAUAAGUCAAUCAAUGCCGUUCGUGAGAUUCACCAGAUGUGUUUAACUUCAAUGGGACCAUGUGGUAGAAACAAAAUCAUUGUGAACCAUUUGGGCAAAAUCUUCAUCACAAACGAUGCGGCCACCAUGCUAAGAGAAUUAGAGAUUGUGCAUCCGGCUGUGAAAGUUUUGGUUAUGGCAACUGAACAGCAGAAAAUUGAUAUGGGUGACAACACCAACCUUGUGAUGGUUCUGGCUGGGGAACUACUUAUCUUAAGUGAGAAAUUGAUAGCUCUGGGUUUAUCAGCAGUUGAGAUCAUUCAAGGUUUCAAUAUGGCAAAGAACUUCACCCUGGAAGAGCUGGACAAAAUAGUUGUCGAUCAAAUCACGGACAAGACCUCAACUGAAGAGUUGAUCAAAGUCAUCAAACCCGUGAUAGCCUCGAAGAAAUAUGGAUCUGAGGACCUUUUGAGUCGAUUGGUAGGUGAGGCUGUGUCACAUGUUUUACCCAGAAGUAAUAAUACUUCGGUACCAUUCUUCAAUGUUGAUUCUAUUAGAGUGGUCAAGAUCAUGGGUGGCUCGUUAUCAAACUCCACUGUUAUCAAAGGUAUGGUAUUCAACCGUGAGCCAGAAGGUCAUAUAAAAUCUCUACCAGAGGGCGGUAAGUAUAAAGUUGCAGUUUUCACAUGUCCAAUUGAUAUUGCGACAACUGAAACAAAGGGAACUGUACUAUUGCGUAAUGCCGAAGAAAUGCUCGACUUUUCGAAAGGUGAAGAAGAGCAAAUCGAUAAGAUGAUCAAAGAAAUUGCCAAUAUGGGCAUUAAAUGUGUCAUUGCGGGUGCGGGCAUUGGAGAGUUGGCAUUAUACUAUUUAAGCAGAUAUGAUAUUCUGGUUUUGAAGGUUCCAAGUAAGUUUGAAUUGAGAAGAAUCUGCAGAGUAUGUGGUGCCACUCCGUUACCAAGACUUGGUGCUCCAACUCCUGAGGAGAUUGGUAUAGUAGAGACUAUUAAGACUAUGGAAAUCGGUGGCGACAGAGUCACGAUUUUCAAACAGGAAUCUGAUGAAGUAACUCGUACUUCAACCAUUAUUCUAAGAGGUGCUACUCAAAAUAAUUUGGAUGAUAUUGAAAGAGCCAUCGACGAUGGUGUCGCGGCUAUUAAAGGUUUAUUGAAACCAAAUGGUGGAAACUUGUUACCGGGGGCAGGUGCAACUGAAAUCGAACUUGUUUCUAGAAUUACCAAGUAUGGUGAAAGAACACCAGGCCUACUUCAGCUAGCUAUAAAGCAGUUUGCUCUAGCAUUUGAAGUCGUUCCACGUACUCUAGCAGAGACUGCUGGUCUUGAUGUUAAUGAAGUUUUACCUAAUCUAUAUGCCGCUCACACAAUCCUCCCAUCCAGCGUAGAGGCCGAAGAACAGCAAAACAACGACUAUUUAUACAAAGGCAUUGACAUCCAAGAUGAAAGUCCAGAAGGCGUCAUUGAUGUAAAAGAGGAAGGUAUUUACGACAUGCUCGCACCAAAAAAAUUUGCUAUAAACGUUGCUACGGAAGCUGCAACAACGAUACUGUCGAUCGAUCAAAUAAUUAUGGCUAAGAGAGCUGGUGGCCCAGCUCCACCUCCACAAGGUCCAAGACCAGGCAAUUGGGAUCAAGCAGACUGA